AAUAAUAGAUUAUAAAACUCAAAAACGACAAAACUUAGUAGCUCCGUGCCGCUUUAGUUCGCCCUUGUAACCAAAUUGGGGUCGCACUGAACCCAAUUUCCCGGCGAGCUCAACCGGAGUUUCCAUCUUCCGUCUGAAACAGCGAGAAACUUCAUACAGGGAAUACCGAAAGAGAAUCCAUUGAUAAUGAAGGAGCAAUCUGAUAACAGGAGUACAAAACCUAAAACAGGCACAAAGGAGAAGAAGAAAAGUGAGUUUGAGUUCUGCAAGGUCUGCAAUAUAAAUCACGACCAAGGUAUCCGCCACAAGUACUUCCCUAAACACAAAAACUCCCUUUCCACCUUCCUCUCUCGCUUCCAAAACAAACUCUCCGAUGUUCGCUAUUUCCUCAAAACGCCCUCCCCUCUCAGUCCCGAACUCGCUUCUCGUAAUCGCUUCUGGUGUGUUUUCUGUGACCAAGAUAUCAACGACCUCGCCAGUUCCUUUGCUUGUGAAAGUGCGAUUCGUCACCUAGCAAGUGUGGAACAUGUAAACAAUUUGAAGCACUUCUUUUGGAAAUAUGGUGGUGCCGUAGAUCAGCUGGAUGUCUUUAAAGUUUCUGAUAAUGACAUCGCAAAGUGGGAAAAGAGGUGCACGGCCCUUAAAAAAGAAGCUUCUAUGCAAAGCGAGGAAAGUCCUGAAGCAGUUUUUGGACCUUCAAGUGAUAUCCAUAAUCAAUUGAACAAUGGAAAUAUUGAUAGUUUUGAAAAUAUUUAUUCCCAUUCUAUGAAAUCAUAUCCUUCAAAUGUUGUUUUGCCUUUACACUGUGACACGGAUAAGUAUCAGGUAUCCUCUUCAGGCCACUCUGGAGUUGGCAAUACUGGCCUAUUAGAUAUUGAUAACUCUUCUUUACCUUCGGAAGCGUGCUCUAGUGCAAAUCCUCUUGCUUUGCAGGAUUUUGCAGUUGGAAGGAGUAGUCAUUCUCUCCCUUCUAAUGGUGGGCAAUGGUCAAGUGAUGGCUACUCCAGCAAUAAAGUGCAGCUUCUUGAUAAUGGUAAAGUGGUCAAUGGAGAGAGCAGUCAGCAAGGUAUACAAAUGCUCACCCGAAUCUCUAUUGCGCCCGCUGAAAAUAAUGCUGGGAAUGUUCAUUCUGGAGCACCGCCGCCUUGGUUUGAAACAACUGAGGGAGUUCAGAUACGUUCUAAGCCUGUUUCAAGACACCUUGUCUCCCAUUCAAACAAGUCAGGGAAGCACAAAAAGUUGAAUCCUAAACGUGUUGGAGCUGCUUGGGCUGAAAAAAGAAAGAUUGAAAUGGAGAUGGAAAAGAGAGGGGAGAUUGUGAGGAACGAAUGCGAUGCCAACUGGCUUCCUAAUUUUGGUAGAGUUUGGCAAUCUGGUAGCAGAAGAGAAUCAAGAAAAGAAUUUGAAAAGGAGAAACAAAAAUUGUUAAAUGUUGAAACUCAAUCUGAGAUGCCAAUCAAGAUACAACCCUAUGUUAGCAAAAAAAUGCGGAUGGAUAGUGGCGCUGAUCAUGCAAGCGGGUGAAAUUUCGGUUAGCAAAAAUGUUGGGGGAAUCAUCUUUAAUGUAUAUAUGCAUUUAGCAUCUGUUACAUUGGAAAAUGAAACACAACGUGUUUAGCCUCUUUUAUACUGUGCAACAUUGACCCACCAAUUCAACAAUGGUUCGUAAAAAUAUGUACAGCACAUACAUUAAGCAUUGACUGAGAGAUAUUGCUCUACAUCAAUGAUUGUGAUCAUAGGGAAUCCAUUGUACAUUUUGAGUGUUGUCUGAAUCCUGCCAUGACGGUAGCUUUAUAGGACCGGGUUUGAUUAAGCACAAUUUUUGAGCAGUUACUGAAUGUUUAAUUAGUUUUUGCCAACCAGUUUGAUUUUGAACACAGGACAAUGUGUUCAUAGUAGUGUGCAGUACCGCUUCUAGAAAUUCAACUGCAUUUAUCUCU